AUGUGGUUGAACUCUGGAGAAUGCAGCCAGAUAGAUGUACAAGAAUGUGCCAGAAGAUUACAGGUAGACAUUAGGAGGGGUUUGAGUUGGGAAGAAGCUGACCUUAGAAGGAAAUUAACGGGUCACAAUGAAUUCACGGUACUGGAAGAAGAGCCAACAUGGAAAAAAUACAUAGAACAAUUUAAAAAUCCAUUGAUAAUGCUCCUUUUGGGCUCUGCAUUUGUGAGCAUAUGCAUGAAACAAUUUGAUGAUGCCGUGAGCAUUACAGUGGCCAUAAUUAUAGUGGUCACGGUAGCUUUUGUUCAGGAAUAUCGAUCUGAAAAAUCAUUACAAGCACUAACGAAAUUAGUCCCACCCACGUGUAAUUGUUUGAGAAAUGGUCAAUUGAAAACAUUUUACGCCAAAGACUUAGUACCCGGAGAUGUUGUUUAUCUCAACGUCGGCGAUAGAGUACCCGCCGACAUAAGACUUUUCGAAUGCGUCGAUCUUGCCAUUGAUGAGAGUAGUUUCACCGGUGAAACAGAGCCUGCGAACAAAAUUGUCGGACCCGUACUUAAAUCAAACGAUCACACGUCGAAGCGUAACAUUGCUUUCAUGGGAACUUUGGUCAGAUGCGGAAACGGAAAGGGUAUCGUCGUUAAUAUCGGAGAAAAUUCCGAAUUCGGUUCCGUAUUUAAAAUGAUGCAAGCAGAAGAAUCUCCGAAAACUCCUUUGCAAAAAUCAAUGGACACGUUGGGUCAACAACUUUCCUUUUAUUCAUUUUGCAUAAUCGGUUUAAUAAUGUUGUUGGGAUGGUUGCAGGGAAAAGCUUUGCUUGACAUGUUCACGAUAAGCGUAAGUUUGGCUGUUGCGGCUAUUCCAGAAGGUUUACCGAUAGUCGUGACGGUAACUUUGGCUUUGGGAGUCAUGAGAAUGGCAAAAAGAAAUGCAAUUAUAAAAAAAUUACCCACGGUUGAAACAUUGGGAUGCGUCAACGUUAUUUGCUCCGAUAAAACCGGGACGAUAACGAAAAACGAAAUGACCGUAACGGUUAUUUUAACAUCCGAUGGACAUUUUGCAGAGGUUUCGGGAGCGGGGUAUAAUGAUAACGGUGAAAUACUUAUUCACAAAUGUGAUAGUUUGGAACAUGCUAAAGGAGCCAUUUACGAAUUAUUAGAAGUCGGAGUUGUUUGCAAUAAUGCAAUCAUUGACAACGAAACGCUGUUGGGUCAACCGACAGAAGGUGCUUUAUUAGCGGCAGCUAUGAAACACGGGAUGUAUGGCGUCGGUGAAAAAUAUUUAAGAUUGCACGAACAACCAUUUAAUUCGGAGAACAAAAUGAUGGCUGUUAAAGUUGUGCCUAAGUACUCGGAUAAUAAAGAGGAAAUUUUUUUUGUAAAAGGUGCUCUUGAAAAAAUAUUACAACAGUGUAAAAAAUACAGGACGAGUAACGGUGUCGUACCUUUAAACGUUAAAAAGGAGCAAGAUUUUUUGGCGGAAGCCUUCGAAAUAGGUCGAAAAGGCCUCAGGGUGGUUGCUCUCGCUCGUGGGAAUUCAAUGCAAGAUUUAAUUUUUCUCGGCAUUGUCGGAAUCUGUGAUCCGCCACGGCCAAAAGUCAGGGAAGCCAUAACAACUUUAUUAAGCGCUGGCGUAAAAGUUAAAUUGGUGACCGGUGACGCUAAAGAGACAGCCACGGCUAUAGCUCAAAUGAUCGGAAUUGAUGAAGUGCACAGUCAGGUUUUAUCCGGGGAUCACCUCGAUUCCAUGUCGGAAGCUCAAUUGGAUCAAAUCAUAAGCGAAGUCAGCGUUUUUUACAGGGUGACUCCCAAGCACAAACUCUCAAUUGUCAAAUCUUUGCAAAGAAACGGAAUAAUCGUCGGAAUGACGGGAGACGGUGUGAACGAUGGCGUGGCUCUUAAAAAAGCCGACAUAGGUAUAGCGAUGGGAAAAACUGGAACGGACGUUUGUAAAGAAGCUGCCGACAUGAUAUUAGUCGAAGACGAUUUUCAAAUAAUCAUAUCAGCAAUAGAAGAAGGAAAGGGAAUUUUUUACAACAUUCGUAAUUUUGUUAGAUUUCAAUUGAGCACAAGCAUAGCAGCUUUAAGUUUAAUAGCUUUGGCAACACUUAUGGGCAUUCCAAAUCCACUAAACGCAAUGCAAAUCCUUUGGAUUAACAUCAUCAUGGACGGACCUCCUGCUCAAAGCUUGGGAGUCGAACCGGUCGAUAAGGACGUCGUGAAACAAAAACCUAGAAACGUUAAAGAACCCAUGAUUACACGUUCCGUUGUUCUUAACGUUCUUCUUUCUGCCUUAAUCAUUAUCGGAGGAACGUUGUGGGUAUUCAAAAGAGAGAUGAGUGAUAACGUGAUAACGAAAAGAGAUACCACGAUGACGUUUACCUGUUUUGUUUUUUUCGACAUGUUCAACGCUUUGAGUUGCAGGUCUCAAACCAAAUCAAUAUUCACAAUCGGAUUGUUUACAAAUAAAAUGUUUCUCAUGGCCGUGACUGGUUCCGUACUCGGUCAACUCCUCGUUAUUUAUUUUCAUCCGUUACAAAUGGUCUUUCAAACGGAAGCUUUAACCGCAAGUGAUCUGGGAUUUCUUGUCGGUCUCACAUCGACAGUAUUUUUUAUAUCGGAAAUAAAAAAAUUGAUCGAACGGACUUUGGAAAGGCGUGCAAACCGUUCGAACAAAUCCGAAUUGGAUUUCGUAUGA